AUGGGUCAACAGUUGGAUAAACCAUCCCGUAUUGCGACUGCUGCCAGCGAGGGACAUGUCAAACACGUCAGGAGAUCCGUCAGUUCUGCGGGGAGUAUUGACGUCCGCAAUGACGACGGCAGAAGUGCCCUAAUGCUGGCAGUAGAACAUCGCCAUGCCGUGGCAGUCCGGACUCUGUUGGAGGCUGGAGCGGAUGUCAACACAAAGGAGCUAUCGCAUACCUCAGGCAGGUCGGUACUGAUGCUGGCCAUUGAAGAAGGAGCUACAGAAUGUGCUAAACUGUUCAUCCAAGCUAAAGCUGAUGUCAACAGUAAGGACACCAGUGGGCAGACGAGCCUAAUGUACGCUGUGAAGAAAGACAAUAUCGAAUGCCUGCAGGCCUUGGUGAAAGCCGGGGCUAACCUGAAUCAGGGAGAUAGUUUAGGCAUCACACCUUUGAUGUUAGCGGUCAAGAUGAGACACUACAAAUGUUUAGAGUUGCUUCUUCAUGCUGGUGCCGAUCCAAAUAUCGCAGACUCCACGGGACAGACCUGUCUGAUGCAUGCGGUCAAAGAAGCCACACCCAACAGCGUGAAGUGUUUACAAAUUCUGCUACAGCCUCGACCAACCGCCAAAGUUAAGGUGGAUGUCGGUGAUAACAACGGAAUGACCGCCUUGAUGCACUGUGUCAGAAACGGCAAUCUCGAAUGCCUGCGCGAAUUGCUCCGAGCUCGGGCAAAUCCUGAUGGUAGGGAUAUUCUAGGACGGACAGCAUUGAUGCUGGCCGCAGAACCACAGUCGUUGAAGGUCGACGAGGAGUUGCAGCAUGAUUUCGUUAAUGAUUUGAUUGAUGCUGGAGCUAACUUAAACAUUCGGGACUAUGAAGGAAACACUGCUCUCAUGCGGGCUGUAGAGGAGAAUCUUCAGUCGCCAAUUGCAAACAUUUUAAGGGCUCGAGGAGCUGAUGUCAACGUUCCCGACAAAUCGGGACUGACUGUUCUGAUGCUAGCCAUUAGAAAGAUGGACAAUGCAGUGUUUUUGAAGUUUCUACACGAACUUAUUGAAAAUGAUGUUAAUCUGGAUGCUGUUGAUAAGUGGGGGAAAACAGCCCUCAUCCACGCGAUUGAGUUAAAGGAAUCUGUCCACGAGAAGGCGGUAUGUCUACUUCAGAUGGGAGCUAACCCACAUACUGGACGACAUCUGAAGAUUCGUUUGUCACCCUUGAUCGCGUGUGCUCUACAUAAAAACUUCGAGAAGACAGCUGCGCCCGAGCGUGUCUCGUUUAUGAAAUUCUUUAUUGCCAGCGGCUUCCAGACAGACUUCGAUACUGCGUAUCGACCCGGAAGUGACAAUAUAGCUAAUGAACUUGAUGACGGGGCAAGGUCGUUGCUGCACAAGCUAUACUCAAACCCCUGGCCAUUGGCCAGACUGGCUCUGAUAGCCGUGUCUACAGCAAUCGGUCCCAAUCCGGGAAGAGACAAGCGUGUUAAGAAAACCCACCUGCCCCAACGGAUCCAGAACCUGCUGCUGUUCCAAGAUCCGAUUUCUCGGCUACCCCGACACCACUGGGAUAGUAUCCCUCUCUGCUUUAACCCACGUGAUUAUGAGACCCUUCCCAAGCCUAGGCCUCUACUUCUGUACUGGCCGAUCGGCCGGGAACUCGUCAAAUGUUACUGUAAAAAGUGUCAAGGACGUGGGUUAAAUUUCCACGGAGUUUAA